UCGACUUUUUCUUGACGCGGAAGAGAGACAAACCUUUCAGGAUGUUUUCCGAUUGAGGCUAUUGCAAAAUGAAACAUGAGUAGCAAGUGACAGCAAAAGACAGGGUGCUUACCGCAUUAUUUUAAGGUAAAAGCUGGACCGACAUUAGCGGAGCUCAUGGCUGGUGGUAAUUUACAGAAAGCCAUAGAUCUGGCCAACAAAGCUGCAGAGGAGGACAAAGCCAAAAACUACGAAGAGGCCCUCAGAUGUUAUCAGCAUGCAGUGCAGUUCUUCCUUCAUGUUGUCAAGUAUGAGGCUCAGGGUGAUCGAGCAAAGCAGAGCAUCAGGGAAAAGUGCGCCGACUACCUGGACAGGGCCGAGCAGCUGAAGGAAUAUCUGAGGAAAAAGGAGAAGAGUCCGCCAGCCAAACCUGUCAAAGAGUCCCAGUCUGAUGACAAAGGGAGUGAAAGUGAUGAAGGGGAAGACCGAGAGAAGAAGAAGUUCCAAAAUCAACUCUCAGGUGCCAUUGUCAUGGAAAAGCCAAACAUUAAGUGGGACGACGUAGCUGGACUUGAAGGGGCCAAAGAAGCCUUAAAGGAAGCUGUAAUCCUGCCUAUCAAAUUCCCUCAUCUAUUCACAGGAAAGCGAACUCCUUGGCGGGGGAUCCUUCUCUUUGGCCCUCCAGGAACAGGAAAAUCCUACCUGGCCAAGGCUGUAGCUACAGAGGCCAACAACUCCACCUUCUUCUCCGUCUCCUCCUCCGAUCUCGUGUCCAAGUGGUUGGGGGAAAGUGAAAAGUUGGUGAAAAGCCUGUUCACUUUAGCUCGAGAACACAAACCAUCCAUCAUCUUCAUCGAUGAGAUUGACUCCCUCUGUGGCUCCAGGAGCGAGAACGAGAGCGAGGCAGCACGCAGAAUCAAGACAGAGUUCCUCGUUCAGAUGCAGGGUGUUGGAAACGAUAAUGAGGGAAUCCUGGUCCUGGGAGCCACAAAUAUACCGUGGACACUGGACUCCGCUAUCAGGAGAAGGUUUGAAAAGCGAAUCUACAUUCCUCUGCCUGAGGAGCACGCCCGCUCCUUCAUGUUCAAACUGCAUCUGGGAUCCACCCCCAACAACCUGACGGAGGCCAACUUCAUCACUCUGGGCAAAAAGACAGAGGGCUACUCUGGGGCCGACGUCAGUAUCAUCGUCAGGGACGCCCUCAUGCAACCUGUCAGGAAGGUUCAGUCAGCCACGCACUUCAAAAAGGUUCGGGGGUCAUCAUGGAACAAUCCGGGCGUUGUGGUGGAAGACCUCCUGACUCCAUGCUCGCCGGGAGAUCCCAGCGCUGUAGAGAUGACGUGGAUGGACGUUCCUGGGGAGAAACUUCUGGAGCCAGUCGUGUCCAUGGCUGACAUGCUGCGGUCACUGACAAACACCAAGCCGACAGUGAAUGAGCAGGACUUGGGGAAACUGAAGAAGUUCACUGAAGAUUUUGGUCAAGAGGGCUAGCACUAUACGCACUAUACUCAUGAACAGGACUGCAACUAACAAUUACUUUCACUGUCAGUUAUGGUUUUGAUUGAUUCAUAUUUCUGUCUAUAACAGGUUAUUGGAGCCCCAUAUUACAGUACGAUGUGGAAAAACAUAAAAAAGCAAGCCAAUAUUAGUGUUUUACUGUUUUAACAACAAAUGUUUCUUAUUUCUUUUCUAACUAAAACGAUUAAUCAGUGAUCAAAUCCUUACCUGAUCACUUUUUUGUCAAUCUACUAAUGAACUAGUUAAUCAACUGUUUCAGCACUAUUUAUCAUUAAUAUAUAAAUCCACUGAGGCUCAUGUUUACAUUUACACAUUUGUAAGUUUUCAUAUUCCUUUUACUUAUUGAUUUUAUUUUGCAUAUCUCAAACCAAAGUGAUAAUAGGCUUUAUUUUUUUUAAAGAGAAGUUUCUGUCUCUCAGGGUACCAUUGUAUAUGUACAGUCAGUGGUGAUGCACCUUUUCAACACUACAUACCUCUCAUUAUACUCUAAGGGGGAUUAUAUUUUGCUCAAAGGAAUUAGUUCCAGGGUUGGAUUUAAGUAAAUGGGAAGUUAUACUAUAACAUUUUGAAAGCUCCCUCUCUUUAAAAGACUUAAGUAAACUGGUAAUUUUUUAUUUCACACAUACAAAGUUGAAGGGGUGUAGUUAUACACAUAUCACAUAUAGGUGCGAGGCUAUUUAAAAAGCAGCAUCAAUGAAAAAAACUUGUCAUUACUAGCUUCAAAAAGGGUCUUCUGGGUUUCUAUGGAGUUACUUAACUUUACAGGACAUAUAAAAUAUUAUAAAAUAUUGCUUUUAAAAGCAUUUCUAAUUUUUUGUUCUCAGAGAUUUAAAUCUGUGCAUGGACAUUGAGCUACAGUGUCCUUUCAGCCUUAAAUAGUCAGUUGUGUUCUGAAUUAUUUAUAGAUCCUGUAAAGGUACUCAAACUGCGUUGCCUUCGGAUUUGAAAUAUGCUUUUAUUUAAAAGUUUCUUUUUGGGGGUACUUAAAUUACUUUUUGGUUACAUGAAUAUAACCUAAGUUGGUCAUUUGCACUUUUGUUGUAUCCUACAUGACAAGUGAAUGGAAGUCUCAGGGUUAAAUAAAAACAAAACAAAAAAAACAGGAGUCAUUAUUAAAUUUGUGAAUAUAUUUAAUUGUUAAAAUACAUCUUA